CAUAGACUUUCCCAGCUCACAUAUUCUGGCCGGCGCCAAAAGUAGUCACCGGCCACCUUCAAAUACCCCUCCCACUUUCUUUCAAUUUCAUCAAUCGUAGACUUUACACGCAAAGCUGCAAAUUCAUCAAAAUCACACACGAAAUCCAUGGAUAUCUUUUCUUACUUCACCUCGAACAUUGACACAGAGAAGAUGGGUUUUGAUGACGACGAAUUCGAAGAUGCUGAAACAGGAACAGCUCUUUCUUUGAUUUCAGAUGCAUUUGAGGAACUAUCGGAUUUAAUUAAAAAGGAUAAUGGGGUUUCCAUCGAGCUGCGUUUGAAACCCUUUUGUGAUGCGUGUUCUUUGGUCUCUGUUCUAUUUGGUUCGCUUGGCAUCGCUUUCAAAUUUGCCGAGAUGGAAUACACCUCCAAGGUGCGUGAUCUUUCUGAAGCAGCAAGUCUUUAUGGCACUUUAAGUAAAGUAAUUGAUUACGAUGUUAAAAGCGACACUGUGCAAUCAGCUGAGAGCCUUACUCGAAAGCUUCGAAGAGUUAGGCAAGGUCUAGAUCUUAUCAGAGAAUUGUUUCAGAAUUUCUUGUCAACAGAUGAUUACUCGUUGAAAGAAGCAGCUUCAGAGGCUUACAAACAAGUGUGCGCUCCAUAUCAUACAUGGGCGGUUAGAACUGCAGUUUCAGCUGGAAUGUGUGCUCUUCCAACAAGAGAUCAACUCUUGUUAAAUCUAAAUGAAAGUGAUGAAUCAGCAGAGAGUGAAAUGAGAAGGUAUAUAAAGGCUUCGCUUCCGAUUAUAAAUUACAUUGAUAAUCUCUACACUUCAAGGGGAAUCACUUUGGAUUGGUGAUAUUUUAUUGUACAAAGCCCAAAGUUGUUCACAAUUUUUUUUUCCAUGGAAAUCAUCUAUGUUAUGUUAUGGUGUCAAGGUGUGUUUGUUCCUAUUCUUUUUGUAUAUUGGCCAUUCUUUGUUACAAUUAGGUGAAUUGUGUUAGAAUUAACUUAGUUUUUAUAUUACCAUUGGCGCUAUUGGAGAUUUAUGUACAUGUUGGUUUUGGUAUUUUUUUUUUUCUUGAAUUUGUGUAUAGUUGUGUCGCAUCCCAUUUUCCAAUAAUUUUGUGGUUGGAAUUUUCGAGUAAUAAUAAUUUGUAAUAUUGUAAAUAAAGUCAAAUCAUUAUAAAUUUGAAACGUAAACCUUUGUAGAGUAAUAUAGUAAAAACCAUGACAUAAUUUACAAUGCAAAGGGGUAUAAGUUUGGCCCAAGUCCCAAUGUGUGUAUAGGGCCUUUUAUUGAGUUUUAGGUAUUAAUGUAUGCUAAAUGUAAAGACG